AUGCCUCUCAACAUCGACCACGAAGAACUCAGCGCCCUCAGCGAGAACGUCUUCUCAGCCAUCGACGACGUCCUUGACACCACCGGCCCUGGCGUCGCUCGUCUAGCCUUGACUUCAAUCUCCAUGCUGAACUUCCUCGAAACCACCAUCACAAAGAUGACCGCCGCUGAGAUUUCCGCCAUGGAAGAAUUGCGCCGUCUCCAACGCAUUGAAGUCCAAGCUGCUCAAGAGAGAGAAGAGCGUAUCAACAAGACCAUCGAUGCCGCUGUGCAAACUCUGGUUGUGGAUGUUGCAAAGGCGGUGUGCAAGUUCAAGCAUGGCGUUGGAGAGGUGGUCAGAAGGUUGGAAAAGAGAGAGGAGAAGGGCGAGGAGGUCGAUCAGAAGUCGAGGGAUCUAAGGGAGAUCCAGGAGCAUUCGUAUCUGGUUCCGGUUGAGCGACUACCUCCUGGUCACAACUACUGGGCUUUCCAGCUGCUGGAUUUUUGCCAGACUCUAAAAGAUGAAAGAAGCGGCAUAACGAGGAUGAUGGAAUACAACUGGUGA